CCCUGUUCCUAACACUGCAACUUAUCAGUUUCGGGUGAACAGCAGAGAGGACAAGGGAGAGUUUUCCAGUCACAGGCCCAGCAACCAGGGUGAUGAUUCGAACAGGAGGUUUAGACAAGGGCUACACCGGCAGUAUGAUGCAGUUGUUGGAUGCCGAAGGUGGUCGAGACAAGGGAGACAAGGGAGACAAGGGAGACAACAGCGAGAAGAGAUGGCAGGAGGUCGGUGGUUCUCACUGACUUCCACCAUCUGUCUCCUGUUCUAUGGUUGCUCGAGACUUGGUGUGUGUGCCGACUGCUGUUAUCUCGCUCAACUCUCGCUAAAUACAACAUACGAGACUUUGUGUGGCCAACUAUCAACGCUUGGUCUGCCGACACCUCUGGUGAUGGAUUUGAAUGAAACAUUCUUCAUCAAUCACAUCAUGAUAGAAACAGCGACAGAAAGUUAUGAUUCCAUUGACGUAGACAUUGGGACUACGUCCUGUGGCUCCUUCGACGACAACAAAUGUUACAUCACGUGCUCAUUGCGCCAUGUUGUUCAGAAUAGUUCAUGCUACGUGACGAUGAACGUCACGUGUGACGUGGACAACGUAAAAGGGCGUUACGUGCGAAUACGUCCUAAUAACGACUAUGCUCUGGUGGUCUGUGACGUAAAUAUCACGGGCUUUCCGGAUCGGGACAAAGUGUUGAAAAAUUUUGCGCUACGUGCACAGAGCAGUCAAAGCGCAACAUACCUUAACUGGACACCCAACAGGGCGGUUGACGGCAACAGGAAUGGUGUAAUGAAUCAGCAGUCGUGCACUCACACAGAUCCCCCGAGCAAAGACAACACCCAGCACAUCCACUGGUGGCAGGUGGACCUCGGCAAGCUGAUACUUGUGUCAUACAUCAUCAUCGCCAACCGCGUGGACUGCUGCCCUCUCAGACUGGCCAACUUCACCGUGGAGCUGGGGCGUCUGGAGUCCAACCGCAGCAUCAACUACACGGUGUGUCGUUACUUUGACGGCGUUGCUGGACAGUUAACCAACCUGACGUGUACCCGGUCCAUCUGGGGUCAGUUUGUCCGCAUAUCAUUGAUAGGGGAGACUCUCACACUGUGUGAAGUGGAGGUUUAUGGCGACACCGAUGACAAACAACUUACGGAGAUGUCACUCAUCCCGACCGACUUCAGAUGUGACCUUAGCCUGAGUACCUCACUGGUAACGCAGAAAAUCACAACAGCAACGGCAACAUCCACCGUGCCUACGACUGAAGCAACAAUCUUCCAAAUGAUUUCAAAAAACACCUCUAAAGCUGUUGUGUCAACAGAGAAUCCACUAGUCUCGUCUGAAGCUAAAGUGUCAACAAGGAAUCUACAAAUCUCGUCUGAAGCUAAAGUGUCAACAGUGAAUUCAGAAGUUAUGAGUGAAGCUAAAGUGUCAACAGUGAAUCCACAAGUCUCGUCUGAAGCUAAAGUGUCAACAGUGAAUUCAGAAGUUAUGAGUGAAGCUAAAGUGUCAACAGUGAAUCCACAAGUCUCGUCUGAAGCUAAAGUGUCAACAGUGAAUUCAGAAAUUAUGAGUGAAGCUAAAGUGUCAACAGUGAAUCCACAAGUCUCGUCUGAAGCUAAAGUGUUAACAGUAAAUCCACAAGUCACGUAUGAAGCUAACGUGUCAACAGUGAAUCCACAAAUCUUAUCUGAAGCUCAAGUGUCAAUAGUGAAUCCACAAUUCUCGUCUGAAGCUGAAGUGUCAACAGUGAAUUCACAAAUCCUAUCUGAAAAUAAAGUGUCAACUGUGAAUCCACAAGUCUCGUCUGAAGCUAAAGUGUCAACAGUGAAUCCACAAUUCUCGUCUGAAGCUAAAGUGUCAACAGUGAAUCCACAAGUCUUGUCUGAAGCUAAAGUGUCAACAGUGAAUCCACAAGUCUCGUCUGAAGCUAAAGUGUCAACUGUGAAUCCAAAAGUCUCGUCUGAAGCUAAAGUGUCAACAGUGCAUCCACAAUUCUCGUCUGAAGCUAAAGUGUCAACAGUGAAUCCACAAAUCCUAUCUGAAGCUAAAGUGUCAACAGUGAAUCCACAAGUCUGGUCGGAAGCUAAAGUGUCAACAGUGAAUCCACAAGUCUGGUCUGAAGCUAAAGUGUCAACAGUGAAUCCAGAAGCUGUGACUGAAGCUAAAGUGUCAACAGAGAAUCCACAAGCUAUGACUGAAGCUAAAGUGUCAACAGAGAAUCUACAAGUCUCGUCUGAAGCUAAAGUGUCAACAGUGAAUCCAGAAGCUGUGACUGAAGCUAAAGUGUCAACAGUGAAUCCAGAAGCUGUGACUGAAGCUAAAGUGUCAAAAGUGAAUCCAGAAGCUGUGACUGAAGCUAAAGUGUCAACAGUGAAUCCAGAAGCUGUGACUGAAGCAAAGCCGUCCCCGGAGCGAAACUUUACCUCUGAGAUCCCCGUGAAACACAACUGCUUGUGUAGCUGUUGGAAUGCCAUGAGUAAGAAGAAUCCAGAAGAGGUUCAGGAGGAAAUGUCGCAGACAGCUCAGACACUAAAGGUGAAGUCGUCCGACUUGAGCCAACAGGUCCGCAAAAAAUCCAGUGUACCUGACCCCCGCCUGUCGUCUACUCUCAUGGGUGUCGUCAGCGGCAUAGCCCUGUCCUCAAUCUUUGGUGCCAUUGUCCUGUGUGACCUUUGUCGUCUCUGUCACAAAACUGAAAGAAAACCGAGCAAGAAAGUAAAACACAGGAAAGGGAACUGCAUGGCCCGAGAACUGCGACCUUUCUUGAAACUGGAAACAGAAACUAGAGUAGGCACUUCUUGUUAAAGUCAUUUAAUGAAAUACUAGCGUGGGUCCGCUACAGUGCUUGCAAUAUAAUCAAAUGGUUGUAUACUGAGAAUUUCUUUGUCUUUUGAGCUUGAUGUUUUACUAGACAGGCUGAAUUCACUUCGCCCAAAUUAAUUUUUGACGCUUUUUCAGCUGGAAUUUUAUUGCCAACACUCAAUUUUUCAAGUUUAUCAUUUUUUUAAAGAGAAAUGAAGCAGUAAAAUAUUUGUGCUUGCCUUGCUCCUUUCCUAACUUGACAGGUUGACAGUUCUUGUUUAGCAACACACGAGCAACGUUUGGAGUGAAGCGGGAGGUAACAGUUGUGGUAGUCCUAGCUGGCAAGAGGCUUUCUUGCUCCCUUAAUCGUGCCUCCUUCCCUGCAUAUUUCUUGUUGUGAAAUUUAUAUUUUUUUAGCCAGAGUAAUUUCUUAAGGCGUAAAAAAAUAAUAAUAAAAAAACAAGUGUUGGGACAUGUACCUUACUGAAAUAUACUCCAUGAUCGAACCAAACAUGACAGGAAUAGUGUAUUGGAAAUUUAAAAUCGCUGAAUAUUUUCGCCAUUUAAAAACAAAAUUGACUGAAAAACUAUUUUAUUACGCGUAAAAGCUGGAAAACAGAAACUACAGAGAUGUACAUGAUAGAUUAUGUGGAUGUUCUUUUAUUGUCCAUGUCGAAUCGUUUCUACUACUAAUAUUUAAUUUGUAAAACAGAUUUCUCGCUGUGGAGGCGAGCUCAGAAUACGUGGCAGACCAUAGAGAGGUCAUUGUUGUCUCUCAUGUAA